GUACGAUCCCGAUAAAUCCUUUAUGCAAGAAGUAGAACUUCCAUUUCACUUCCUUCGAAGACUUCUGUACGACCUGCAACGCCACUGAAAUCAAAUCCGCCAUUGAUGAAGAAGGAUAGCUCCAUGAAUCCUAACUUGAAGCUCAUUCUACCUCCUCCUCACGAAGCUUCCUUCGCCAAGUUCAUAACCAAGAGUGGUGCUUUCACGGAUGGCGAUUUGCUUGUCAAUAGAGACGGCGUCCGGAUUGUUUCUCACAACGAAGACGAAACUCCUCCACCAAUAAAGCCCUCAGACAGCCAUUUGUCUUUAGCAGAUUUAGACUCGAUAAAAGUCAUCGGAAAAGGAAAUGGUGGAAUAGUUCAAUUAGUCCGACAUAAAUGGACGAACCAGUUUUUUGCUCUAAAGGUGAUUCAAAUGAACGCUGAGGAAUCUCGUUGCAGGCUGGUUGCGCAGGAACUAAAAAUUAAUCAGUUGGCACAUAACCAUUACAUUGUGGUCUGUUACCAGAUCUUCUAUGACAAUGGUGCCAUUUUCAUCAUCUUGGAGUACAUGGAUGGUGGGUCGCUCGCAGAUCUUCUAAAACAGGUCAAAACGAUUCUGGAGCCGUAUCUUGCAGCCAUUUGUUACCAAGUACUCAAGGGGUUAAUAUACCUUCACCAUGAAAAACAUGUCAUCCACAGAGACCUUAAGCCUUCUAAUUUGUUGAUAAAUCAUAGAGGGGAAGUUAAGAUUACUGAUUUUGGUGUUAGCGCUAUAUUGGCAAGUACAUCUGGUCAGGCAAAUUCUUUCGUUGGCACAUUUCCUUACAUGUCUCCCGAGAGAAUCAGUGGGGAAAAAUAUGAUAACAGAAGUGACAUAUGGAGUUUAGGAUUGGUGUUGCUAGAAUGUGCAACGGGUCAAUUUCCUUACACUCCACCGGACAAGGCUAAAGGAUGGGGAAGCUUUUAUGAUGUUAUGCUAGCCGUAGUAGAUCAUGCAUCGCCUUCUGCUCCUGAAGAGUUUUCACCAGAGUUUUGCUCUUUCAUUUCUUCAUGCUUACAGAAAGACCCGCAGAAGAGAAGCUCUGCACGCCAACUUCUGAUGCAUCCUUUCAUCAAAAAGUUCGAACGCUUUGAUGUCGAUCUCGCAGCUUAUUUCAAAGAUGCUGGCUCUCCAUUGGCAACAUUCUAAUGUUAUACGGAGCAGAAGUCAGGCACAGCCUCUUCCACUUUGACAUCUUAUUCAUUCACCCAAUGUUUUUUGAUAUGGCAUCAACUUUUGGAAGUGUUUGUGGAGGAAACAGCUGCUAAAAGUUCAAACUUCAUAGAUGAAAUUCAAGAAGCCAAUUCAUUUGAUCAUGAGUAACUCACUCCUGAUGUAAACUAUGUGAAGCUCGUUUUAAAAUAGUGUAUGUAUGUGUGUUUUUUUAAAAGAAAAAUAUGAGGAAUGUGAUUAAUUGUUUCCACUGAUGUAAUGGAAAUCGUUCUAGGCAGCCAUGGGAAAACUUUUGGGUACAAUAUUUAGUGUUACUUUAAUGGAAAAUUGCUUCUACUUGCUUGAUUUUUUUUUUC